AUGGGAAUCUUGAAGUGCGAUCUGUGUUCUGCUUGUGUAGUAUUUUUUUAUUUCCCCCAUUAAAAUCAAAGAAGAGAAAUAAAAAUUAUAUAAUUCAGAAGACUAUAGAAGUUUGAUUAUAUGACGUUCUCCAGACUGGAUGAAAUACGCAGUGAAGGGAAUGCUGCCCAACAGAAAUUACAUUUGAAAACCGGUGUAUACAGUACCAAUAUUUUGUGGAACUCUUGAUUGUAAUUACCAUUCGCCUUGCACGAUGUCGGGUUUCAAUCCAGAGCUUAUUGAAUAUUUGGAGGGGAAAAUAUCUUUUGAAGAGUUUGAACAACUGAGGGAGGAGCGCAAAGCCAAGGAGAGGGUGGCAGAAGGUGGGGCCACAGAGGAUGAGGAUGCUGCACCUCUGGAGGACUCUCUCCCCAGCACGUCCCAAAGCCCACGGCGUUCCUAUCCACACCACACAGGGGAUGUAGAGGAGGGUAUCAGCCCCUCGGUGCAGCGAGUCUUUGCCUCAAUGCUGGGGGAAGGAUCAGAAGAGCAGGAGGAAGACGAGGAGGAGGAUGAUGAAGAACAGACGGUGGCACCAUCAGCAGGAGAUGUGUUUGCCCUGGAGAUGGAACUGAACCGGGAGAACAAAAAGAUGAUGAGGGAAAGGCGGCACCGAAGUAAACUGCCUCGCGCUCUUCGUGGUCUGAUGGGUGAGGCCAAUAUACGUUAUGCCCGUGGAGAAAAGGAAGAUGCCAUAACGAUGUGCAUGGAAAUUAUCCGGCAGGCUCCCCUGGCUUAUGAGCCCUUUUCCACCCUGGCGAUGAUUUAUGAGGACCAGGGUGACAUGGAGAAGUCCUUGCAGUUUGGCCUGAUUGCAGCUCACCUGAAUCCCAGCAACCGUGAGGACUGGGUCAAACUGGCCGAUAUGUCCCUGGAGCAGGACAACAUUCGCCAGGCCAUUUUCUGUUACUCCAAAGCCAUUAAGUACGACCCCAGUAACGUGCGGUAUCUGUGGGAGCGGUCCAGUCUGUACGAGCAGGUCGGGGAGCACAAGUUGGCCAUGGAUGGGUACCGGCGUAUCCUCAACUUGCUGCCCUCUACUGAUGGAGAGCACUUUAUGCAGCUGGCCCGUGACAUGGCCAAGAGUUACUAUGAAACAAAUGAUCUGUUGUCAGCUAUCGGGGUGAUGGAUGAGGCGCUGCAGAAACACCCUUCCCUGGUCACUGUGGAGAGCGUCAACAUGGCAGCCGAACUCCACAUCUCCAAUAAACAGCACAAACGUGCACUGGAGGUGCUGGUGCAGUUCUGUGGCAUCACUCUUGAGAGAGAUGGUGCCAAGCAGGAAAUGGAGGAGGGUGAGGAGAUAAAAGAAGGGGAGGUGCUCUCAGUGGAGAUUCCUGAUGAGGUGCCAAUUGACAUCCGGGUGAAGCUGAUGGUGUGCCUGAUUCACCUGCAGAUGUUCAAACCUCUGGAUGGCCUGCUAACAAGUCUGAUGGAACAGAGCCCGGAGGAGUUAGGAGACCUGUACCUGGAUGUUGCCGAGGCCUUCCUGGAGCAGGGGGAAUACAGCUCCGCUCUGCCAUUGCUGAGUGCACUGGUCUGCUCUGAACAUUAUAACCUUCCUGUUGUAUGGCUGCGCCACGCAGAAUGCCUGAAAGCCCUGGGCCAUAUGGAGGUAGCUGUAGAGAGCUACAGUAAGGUUGUGGAGAUGGCGCCCUUUCACCUGGAAGCCCGGCUCUCGCUCUCCACCCUGCAGCAACAGCUGGGCCGCCCACAGAAGGCACUGGAUGCUCUGGAGCCGAUGCAUGACCCCGAUACAUUGGCACAGGAUGCCAGCGCUGCACAGCAGGAGCUCAAGCUGCUGCUACAUCGCUCCACGCUUCUGUGCUCUCAGGGCAGGAUGGAUGACUACACUGACACACUUCUCACGAUGCUGGCCAUGCUGCUCAAGGUAGCGAUGAACCGUGCACAGGUCUGUCUGAUCUCUAGCUCAUGCUCUGGUGAGCGGCAUCUCUACCUGAUUAAGGUGUCCCGGGACAAAAUAUCUGACAUUGAUGACCAGGAGGCAGCCUAUCUGGACAUCAUAGGGAAGACGAGUGUGCUGUCUCGAGAAGAUUGGUGGCAGUUGUUUUUGCAGUGUGUGUUUGCACUUUGUGACCUGAAACGAUUUGGGGAGGCAGAGCUGUUGGUGGACUCCUCCCUGGAGUAUUACUCCUUCUAUGAUGAUCGUGUCAAGAGGAAAGAGCUCGAGUAUUUUGGCCUCUCUGCUGCUAUCCUUGACCAGAACUACCGCAAGGCUUACAAUUACAUACGGCUGAUGCUGAUGGACUGUGUGGAGCGCCCGCAGCUCUGGAACAUCUUUAACCAGGUGACCCUGCACUCGCAGGAUGUGCGUCACCACCGUUUCUGCCUGCGUCUGCUGUUGAAGAACCCAGAGAGCCACGCACUGUGUGUGCUCAAUGGACACAAUGCCUUUGUCUCUGGCAGCUUCAAGCAUGCGCUAGGUCAGUAUGUCCAGGCCUUCCGCACGCAGCCCAGUGAGCCCCUGUAUAGCCUUUGUGUGGGACUGACCUUCAUCCACAUGGCCUCGCAGAAGUUUGUCCUGAAACGACACCCUCUACUGCUGCAGGGCUUCUCAUUCCUGAAUCGCUACAUGGAGCUGAGGGGGCCAUGCCAAGAGAGCUUCUACAACACAGGCAGAGCACUGCACCAGCUGGGACUGACUCACCUCGCCAUACACUACUACCAGAGGGCACUGGAUUGCCCCCCACUGCAGCUGGAGGGAAUUGAGAAUGACCAGGUAGACCUGCACAGAGAGAUUGCCUACAACCUGUCUCUCAUUUACCAGUCCAGUGGGAACCUCAGUAUGGCACGUUACCUACUUUACAAGUUCUGUACUGUAUGACUUCUGACCCUAGGCAUAGACGACAGCAGUCUGACCUUUCAACUCAGGUGCACACUGUAUUGUACAGAUGAUCACUCAUUGUAUCUUUGUAUUUGCAUCAUGAAGGAGAGCUUAUUUUAAGGUUUGUAGGUUUUUUAAAACAUUCUUCCUGGAAAAAAAAGGUUAUAGUGGUUCACUAAUGUUAAUAACUGAACCAGUUACCUAAUUGAAAACUCAGGUGGACUAAAACUACAAAUGAUGUGGUCCACAAACUAAAGGUCCUUCCUGGAGCAGGCUGAGCCUUGACCACUGCACUGGUCAAAAUGAACUUGCAGUGGUGUCAGCGAGUGGAGUCACAUCACACCUUCAGUUGGUCAUAGUGCACUAUGGCACUUGCAUUUAUGACAGGUAAUAAGAACCAGGUGGCUCUAACAGUGCAUGUGUUAGGGUGAAGAAUAAACUGGUGAGUCCGUUUGAUCCAUAAAGAUGAGGUGUGUGCAAUCUGACUCAUUUAGUAUAUCCAGUUGUCAGAAAAUCUUUCCCAAAACUUACUGUACAUUUGAAUUUGAAGACCAAAAUAUAAAAGUUGUGCCUUUGGAGACAUGAUUUGGUUUUUAUUUCUGUUGAUACCCAUAUGUACCCUCAUACAGUGUGGACAGUGGUCAGCCAUAGGCACAAAGCAAGUCAUUUCUCAGGUGUGGCAACAGAUGUGGAAUUUCCUAGGUUGUAGUACUUUUUGUGAAAAGGACACGAUCACAAGCAUAUUUAAUAUUGCUGUUAGUAGGAGUGUAAUUAUUUCUAUGUAUUUAUGAAUAUUAACAGUAGAUUUCCAAAGAUCACUACUACUGUGAUUCAUAACUACAGCACUCAGUGACUUUUAUAAUCCUAUUAAAUUCAGUAUGAAAUGCUUCAAUCCAGUUUAAUAUUAUUUUCAUGUAUGAAUUGAAAUUAUAUUUUUUAUAUUGUAAUUCUUCAAAUGCAUACUCUUAGUCAGCUUUUAACUGUGCCCUCCAAAUGUAUUUACAAGUCUGGUGAAAUAAGAACAAUAAACAUCAACUUACAGAUUGUAUAAUGUGUUUUGAUAAACAAAAUUCUAAAGAAAAACAGAGUAAUCAUUAUAGAGUUGCACAGAGCAAAGCCAUAACUGUCACACCUCUUAAGUAUUUCUUUAAAUAAAAUCUUACAGGAUAAAAUUGACAAUAACACCAUACUCUUUAUAAAAAUCAAUUACGCACUAUAGUCCUGUAUAACACCCCACCAAUUGUGUCAUCAAAUGCCACUCAUAAAGCUUCAAAGGCUUUGAGUACUGAGUCUUUUGUGCGAUUCAACACUCCAAAAAAGCUUCUUCUUCAAAAGUGUAUUCUUUGCUUACAGAUUUCUUUGUUCCCCAUCCAUUUUGGAUACAUGACUAAUAAAUUCUGUUUUUACAGUC